GCAAACUUUAAAUUGUAAAGACGUGGUCUUUCACUUUAGAAAUAAAACAAAAUAAAAUGUAGUAACGUGUAAUUUUAUUUAUUAUUAUUAUCACUCAUUUAGCUUUAUAUAAUAUUGAAUUGGCAACCUUGCCAGCCAAACCAAGUAAAUUGCUGCGCGCUAUAAACAAAGAGAAUAUUUAUUAUCUAAAUAUCAAAAUAAAAUACUUUAAGUGACGCAAUUCGAAAGUUUUUGUGUCCUCAAAUUACCAAUUUCAUUAGAAAUUGCAAAUGUCAGACUCACCAUGACUUGGACUUAAACCUACAAAACAGAUCCUUUAAAACAAAGCACAACGGAUAGAUGGGCUACGCCUCCCCCUUCCAUACAAUACACCACAAUCCACAAGAACACUCCAUCCACUAACACACGCACACGCAGACAUCACACCACUCAGACCACCCACACGUACACAUCACAUCACACCACAACUCUACACAACCCAACAAUCAAAACGGACCAGAGCCCUGCUUUUUCGUUCGCAACUCGAGCUGUUCAGACGUACGCCGACCGUAGUAACUUUUCGCCCGAGUAUACAGAUAUUUAUUUAUUUUUACAUUUGGUUUAAUAAACAUAGCGGAUACCGCCAUAUAACCUACAUAUCAUUUCGCAUCUAUUUUCAUUUGUUGUGCUUGUACCGAACGCAUUUAAAACGGUGAGUGCAAACUAGUGUAGUAUUCAUGGUCCUUCGAGCCAUAGUGAGCGGCACUAUGGAGUGAAAAAAACUUAACGAAAAAAGAAAAGUGCUGUUAAGUGUCUAACAUUUAAUACACAAAAACGAAAACGAAACAAAAAAAAACAGAAACAAAGUGCUGUGCAGUGCAGCGGAAUAACACAUAUAUCCACAUACAAACAAUAACACAAAAAAAAAACAGAGGAAAAAAGAAUAUAUAUAUACAAGGGACUGAAAAGUGCUGUGCAGUGGAGUUCCAUACUUAUACACAUAGAAAAUAAAAACAGAAAAAAAGAGUUAUUUUCAAAGGAAAACAAAAAAAAAACGGAAGAAAGUGAGUGAAGUGUGGAGUGACACAAACAUAUAUACAUAAAAGAAGCAAGAAAAAACCACCAACGUGCGCGAAAUAAUCCCUAAUUACGUACGGGCGCGAAUUUCAACAAAAUACAUACAUAACCAUACAGAACGAGCGCGAAUUAAAACAAAAACCUCAACAGCAAACAACAACAACCACACCAGCUCACCAAAGUCACCCACCGCAACAAAGCAGCAAAGGACUUUGCAACAGAACGAAAGGCACACGCACAAGCACAUAUAUAAAUUGCCCCCAAAACCCCUUGGCGGACCCCAAAAUAAAUAUGGAUGUAGAUAUGGCAGCAACACCAACGCCAGUUGUGAGGUCCGACAUCUAUGUGCCGCGCCCUGGGGCAACUCCAGCACCACGAACCGCAGCGGCAAUCGUUCCUGCAACCGCUCCCGAUAGUGGCCCGCGACCAGUACCACCUUCAUCAGCACCAGUAACGGUACCUCAACGCAGCCGAUGCCCACUGAGUCGACGCACACACCGGCUGCAACACUGCGGCAUUUUUCGAGAUAUGCAGCCCUCCAACGUCAGCAGGUUGCCCAAGCUCACGGGCACUACCUCAAUUUUUUGGCUACGGUCCACACGACUCCGGAGUGUACGUCCGUUACGCUUUGGCAACUGUGCAACAACUCGCCCCAAGCCGCAGAUCGCAUCAGAGGAGCCAUCCGGAUCGCCUCAGAAGACCAGAAGCUCCACAUCCAUCCAGACCGAGGCGACAGGAGGCAUCAACGCGGCGUCGGCAGCCCAGGCCAAAAUACCGCCGCUCCACUGGCCUCAGCAGCGUUGUUGCCACGCUGCAACAACUACAGCGGUUUCUAGGCUAGAAUUCGCCUAGGAGGGCCGGGAUGGCUAGAAGAGCUACUCCUCCCCCUUCCAGACACGCCACUGAGCGAAAUACACCACAAUCCACAAGAAUCCACCCAUUAACACACAAACGCACACCACACAGACAUCACAUCACACCACAACUCUACACAACCCAACAUUCAAAAGGGACUAACACAGGACCAAAUCCUUGCUUUUUCGUUCGCAACUCGAGCUGUUCAGACGUACGCCGACCGUAGUAACUUUUCGCCCGAUUAUCCAGAUAUUCAUUGGAAUUUUGUGAUCUAUAUUUUUUACAUUUGUUUUAAUAAACAUAGCGGAUAACGCCGGAUAACCUACAUAAGAUUUCGAAUCUAUUUUC